AUGGGUCUUUCCACUUUCGUUACUCUGAGCCUGGGUCUUUUCGCCGCGCUCCCAACCACCUUCGCUACCGAAUCCUCGCCGUACUACCGUCUGAGGGCCAAGGUCACCGGCCCCAAGACCGACACCACUCCCGACGUCGACGGGUGGGCCAUUGAGAUCCGUCGCCUCGGCAUCACGACGCGCCUCCCUCCGGACGACAUGUGGGGCGUGCUCUACAACGAAACCUUUAGCCCGGGCCGCGGUGGGGACAUCUUCUACACCCAGCCCGUCGACGGCACGACCUACAUCCGCACCGAUGCGCCCAACAACGAGGGCGAGGUGACGCCGUUUGGUUUUGACGUAGGCGAGGGAUACGAACUCGUCAGCACCGAGACGAUCGCUACGCGCUCCAUCCUCUCUGAGACCCCGAUGAACAUCGUUGCCGAUGGUGAUGUUCCGAUCCUGGAGAAGCCCGGCUUCGAAGCGACUUUUGUUGCUUGCAAGGAGGCCUACCGCGAAUGGGUCGUUGUCUACUGGACCGAUUUGGAGAAAUACGGUACCGACCCGAUCUACAACCAGGACUGGAGGACCUGCACCGAGAUCCAGCUCAUUCCUGAGUGCUCUACCGAUGGUCCUCAGCACGACGGUUUGGAGGAUACUACUUGCGUCACCGACAUUGGUACCGUUUUGUAA